UGACAGUGGGCGUGGUCACUGUGUGUGUGUGCGCGUGCGUCAGCAGUCUGAAAACACCUGAGGUAUGUGGAGGUUGUUUGUGUGUGUGUGAGGGGAACAAACACACUUGUGACUGAAGCUCACCUGAAACAUGAGCAGAACUCUCACCGCAGCUCUGAUCGUCUCCCUGCUCUCCACACUUCCGGUCAGGACGUCGAUUUCCAAAGGUCCUGAAGACUUGGAGGGAUCAGGCUAUGACCUGAUCACGUCUGGUUAUGGUUCAGGGGAUGGGUCAGAGCAAGUGUCAUCAGAGGAAGAUACAAUCAUGGAUCAUCCCGGAACACUGUGGCCUGACAGAGACGUGAGGUCAGGAUACACUAUGGUGUCAAACAGUAUGAGCUUCUUGGAGAACAAACAGAUCGUUGCAGGCAUUAUCGCAGGAGGAAUAACAGGGCUAAUACUGGCUGUGAUGGUGAUGACAAUAUUAAUCUACAGGUGGUGCAACAAAGAUAAUGGAGGAUACAUUCAGGGCCAGCAGAAAGGGAACAAGAUGAUUAACUCUCUACACUUUUGAUAAACUAUCUCACCGAUAUUAAUCUUUCCCGACAUCUGGAGCUACAGCUAAUGUAUUCUGUCCUCAGAUGUUUGGUGGUGAGAGUGAAGGUGCAGAAUGCAAGUGUAUCUGCUCUUUAUUGCUUAAUUUAUUUAUCGAUUGGGUAACAAGAAUUGUCUUCUAAGACUUGAUGACUAUUACGUUGUGUAUAUUUUAUUUAGAAACUGCUGCAGCUACCGUUGAGGCCAUUUAUUUUGUAUUUUAAGAGAUAUUAUGUUUUUACAAAUAUUGUAUGUGUGGAACUCAGAUGCUGGGAAUAAUCUUACUAGUCUACUUGUGGCCUUUACAAAAAUACAGCUAUAUUUGAAUCUUUUAUUAUUUAUCUGUCAGCACACAUUUAUGUAGCACUUUAACUUAAACUACUAAAACCCGGAGUCACAUUUGUCAUAAAAUGACAUUUUGACAUGUCAUAAUAGGAAAGAGCACAGGUGUAAAUAAUAGAAUAAUAAUAAAUAUUCCAUGUAUCUGUUUGAGUUUGGGGCUCCUGGUGUUUGUUGGAUCACUGUCGUUCUGUUGUUUGUGUUAUAAAUAGUCUGAUCUGCAAUAGGACCUGUUGAUAUCUUGCCUCUCAAAGCUACAUUCCGGAUUAAUAAAGGAUGAAACUGGUAUAAGAUUGUGAACUAAACAUUAUUUACAAUACCGAGGGGAUGAUAAUUAGAUGCUGUAAUGUUGUAUUGACUACUCUCUGUAUAACUGCCAUAAAAUAUGAAAUAUUUUUGUAUUGGAUGAUUCCAAAUAAAUUCGCUUU